GUUGUUAUGUGGUGAACGGCGAAUUAUAUCCAAUACCAGCAUUCCCAACGGAGAUGAGGUUAGAUCUUCGAACAAUGGAUAUGGUCCAAUAGGAGCGGCGAAGCACGAAGUGGAAAUUAAAAUAAAAGCUGCUCCAACACCAGAGGCAAGAGGUGAUGGAAGUGUGAAGACAACUCCAAGCAGCCUCAAUACAUCUUUCCUGAUGGAUGAACAAGCAUCACUUUUAUGGAUCUGAUACUGUUUUUACGGGCUGAUCAGGAUGUUCCAGAAGAUAUCUUCUGCCAAUUGUACUACAGAACUCGUUACCUUGCGUGUGUACGAGUACUCGUAUAUGCACCCCAUACAUGAUGCAUGUCCGUGCUUCCUCGAUGACAGGGACAUUGAAUGGACGCAUGCUGUACUACGCACGUGCUCACUCUCUACCUCGACCUCCCAAACUAGCAUCAGCAGCGUUAUCUUCUCUUCUCUCGCCGCAACUUCCAGCCAGAUAAGAUUAUUCUGCCCAAGUCACCCCCUUCCUCAUAACAGGACUCUGAGCAUCCAGGCUUCAGCUUCAGCCGCUCCCAUAGUAGCAACAUAUAUGGAUGUGGUGUACAGUAUUGUAUUGAGGUUACAUACUGAAGAAAAUGUGGCAUGCCAACCGGGUAGCAGCGGCCAAGGCUCGGGCUCGAUCCAACAGGAUUUUCAAGGCUGCAUAUGCACAUCUACGUUGUGUUACGAAAGGUUACAACGCCGAGUCUGCAGGAUGAGCAGCCCUGUCUCCCGAGUUCCGAAUACUACUGGAUCCCGCUUUGUUGUUUCUGAAGCGGUUUCAUGACAUCUGUCCAUCUCACAAUAUGCUUCUGUUUGAAGCAACGGGACGUUCUCCCUUUUUGAUGCCCUACAAGGUACUUUGUAUACUUGGUGCCAACGACGAAUGGCAGCGGCUAGAAGCACUCUGGUGGGUUGCAUACGUCAGUACGAAUCAUCUACGUUAUGUAUCGAGCUUCUAUCACCGUUUCCUUGGUUACAAUCCGGAGCAAUGUUUGAUGGUUGACGAGUGGUGCUCGCAUAUGCAACAAGGAGCAGUAGCAACAUCCCCUUUCCCGUGUGCUAGCAAAUCUGACGUAUCACC